UUACUUACGAGAAAGCAAAAAAUAAAUAUUUUUCGGGAAAAAUUGUAAAUUAUUGUUUUAGCGAAAAAUAGAAAUGUCUGAAGAUAUAGUAUUUGAUUUUUUACAUGCUGAAAUUGUAAAUUAUUGCUUAGAAGACAAUAAGGAAAACGAUUUUUCUACCUUGGAAUACAUAGGAUUCACAGCAGGAUUCCGUUUAAUUGAACGUUUAACUCGUGAUGUGCCACGAUUUAAAGAUGAAUUGGAAACUAUAAAAUUUAUUUGCACUGAUUUUUGGACUAUAAUUUACAAAAAACAAGUGGAUAAUUUAAGAACAAAUAAUCAGGGAAUGUAUGUAGUGCAGGAUAAAGCGUUUCGAUUUUUGACUCGUAUAUCACCGGAUACCAAACAAUUGGAAUAUGCUCCGAAGUUUGUGGCCUUUACAUGUGGUUUGGUUAGAGGAGCUUUAAGUAAUCUUGGUAUUAAUAGCACUGUUACAGCUGAAGUGCAAUCAAUUCCAGCUUGUAAAUUUCAUAUAGAAGUUUGUAGAGCUUAAUAAAAUUUUUAGAAGUGUUUAAUUUAUUUUAAAAAUAACUAUAAAUUGCGACCAUAAAUCUUUGUGAUAAUUAUUUUUAUUUGAAUCAUAUCUCUUAAUUAGCUACACAUUCCAUUAAAAUAGUAUUGAAUUUUUUAAAAUUUAUUUAUCCAUAUUGUAAUACAAAAGCUAUAUAGGUAUAUUUUUAUUAUGGAACCCUAUUCAAGAAGACCUUAAUUGUAAUUUGUUUUUUA